AUGGCAGAGGAUGAAAUUUUGUUCGAUGACGUUUACGAAUUGUGCGAAGUUAUUGGCAAAGGCCCAUUCUCCAUUGUACGUCGCUGCAUACACAGAGAAUCAAACCAACAGUUUGCCGUUAAAAUUGUUGAUGUAGCGAAGUUUACAGCCAGUCCUGGCCUGAGCACAGCUGACUUGAAGCGCGAAGCGACAAUAUGCCACAUGCUGAAACAUCCGCAUAUAGUCGAGUUGCUGGAGACGUACAGCUCAGAGGGCAUGCUGUACAUGGUGUUCGAAUUCAUGGAAGGCUCCGAUUUAUGCUUUGAAGUGGUGCGUCGCGCUGUGGCUGGCUUUGUGUACAGUGAAGCUGUGGCAUGUCAUUACAUGCGUCAAAUUUUGGAGGCUUUACGUUACUGCCAUGAAAACGAUAUUUUGCAUAGAGAUGUAAGGCCGGCGUGCGCACUGCUCGCGACCGUAGACAAUUCAGCGCCGGUGAAGUUGGGUGGCUUUGGCUCGGCUAUACAGCUGCCGGGCGGCAGAGAGACGAUCGAAACACAUGGUCGCGUGGGUUGUCCGCACUAUAUGGCGCCCGAAGUGGUGACGCGGCGUUUAUAUGGCAAAGGCUGUGAUGUUUGGGGUGCAGUAAUGCUGCAUGUGCUGCUGUCCGGUCGUUUACCGUUCCUGGGCUCGGGUAUAAGACUGCAAAAUUCCAUAGCACGUGGCCGUGUUUCAUUUGAGGCUCCAGAAUGGAAAUCGAUUUCUGCAACGGCAAAAGAUUUGGUUAUGAAAAUGCUGGCUGCGAAUCCACAGCACAGACCGUCGAUAACGGAAGUAUUGGAGCACCCUUGGAUGCGGGAUCGUGAUAAGCUUCAACGUCAACAUUUGGCGGACACAGUCGAGGAAUUGAAACGUUACAAUGCGCGUCGCAAACUAAAAGGAGCUGUACAAGCCAUUGCAGGUGGCACAACGUUGGAUCCACUGUUUGGCACAGACACUGACUCAAUGCCCGUAGCGUCUGCCUCGGACAUGUUAAAUGAAUGGGCUGAUGAAGAAGCGGGCAUUGAAGCUGUGCAACGCAUUUUAGACUGCCUAGAUGAUAUUUAUGCGCUGCAGGAUUUCAAUGUCGAUCCAGAAGUGUUGCGUGAAAUGUUGCGCGAUGGCCGAUUACACCAGUUUUUACAGUUGUUUGAUCGAAUUAGCUCGACCGUGAUGUCACCAUCCCGUGCACCUCCAGGUGAUGCCGUAGCGCGGUGUAGAGAUGUUAUCGAGUCAGUUUCAUCGGUCGGCGGAAAUAAGUAUUUAAAAGACGAACUGAUGGCAGUUUUAGCUUCGUCACAUUUCCAGGCUUUGCUACACACUCACGAUGUUGUUGCCCGUGACGUUUACGGCGAGGAGGCACUGCGCGUCACACCGCCACCAAUGGCACCCUAUAUUAAUGGUGACGAAAUCGAUAAUGUGGACAAUGGCGAGUUGCAACAUGUAACCAGAGUACGUUUGGUGCAAUUUCAAAAGAACACCGACGAACCAAUGGGCAUUACGUUAAAAAUGACCGAAGACGGCCGUUGCAUUGUAGCCAGAAUAAUGCAUGGCGGCAUGAUACAUCGCCAGGCCACGCUGCAUGUUGCGAUGAGAUACGGGAAAUAA